CUCGUUUUUAAGACGUUCUUUGUCUAGAGGUUUCGGACGUCAAGAAAUGUCUUUUCCUGCUUGUAUUGUUCCAGCAAGAGCAAAACAUACGGCUACCGUUAUAUUUGCACAUGGUCUUGGAGAUUCUGGAGAAGGAUGGAGAUUUCUCGGGGAGAAAAUGGGAUCUUCUAAGGUAUUCUCUAAUAUAAAAUGGAUCUUCCCCAAUGCGCCUAUGAGACCGGUGACGUUGAAUUAUGGGAUGAGAAUGUCUAGUUGGUAUGAUAUUGCAACAUUAGAUGGGGUGGAAGAUGAGGAGGAUGAGGAGAAUAUGAUGAGGAGUAGUAAAGAAAUACAUAAAAUUGUUAUGGAAGAGAGGAAUGAAGGAAUAAAUAGUGAAAGGAUUAUAGUGGGAGGUUUUUCUCAGGGAUGUGUUAUAGGACUUUUGUCAGGAUUAACGUAUAAGGAGAGGCUUGGGGGUAUUAUUGGAUUUUCUGGGUAUUUACCAUUGAGAAAGAAGAUUCAUACGAUGAUUUCGGAGAGUAAUUUAAGAACGCCGAUUUUUAUGGGACAUGGAAGGAAUGAUCCUAUUGUUAAAUUUGAAUAUGGACAAGAAAGUGCAAGAAUUUUGAAAGAAGAUUUGAAAUUGAAUGUUAAAUGGAAGGAAUAUGAUGGAUUACAACAUAGUGUUAAUGAAAAUGAAUUAAAAGAUUUUUCUGUGUGGCUUGGAAGUAUACUUGGAGAGGGGGGGAGUGAGAAGUGAGUAAGAAGGGGGUGGAAGGGAGGGAGUGGAAGGGAGGGAGUGGAA